AUGGCGGGCCUAUUACCACCUCAAAGUACGCUACAACGUUCAAGUAUCAGUAAUCCUGCUGCUGAAGCGCUUCGAAAGAAAAUGCAACAAUUGAAAGAUGAAUUAGAGCAAGUUCGAGAUGAUUUAGAUAGAUCGAAAAAAGAUUUAGAUAAAGAACGUCACGCUAGAGAAGUAGCUGAAUCAGAAGUUAGUCAAUUGGCUCGUAAAUUACAUUCACUUGAAGAACAAUUAGAAGAUACAGAAAAAAGAUUAAUUCAGACAACGAAUAAAUUAGAUGAAGCGUCACAUGCAGCUGAUGAACGGGAAAGAUCAAGAAAAAUGCUUGAAAAUCAACUUAAUCUUGGCAGUGAUCGAACAGAAACACUUGAAAUACAGUUGAAAGAAGCAAGAAGUUUGGCAACAGAAUCAGAUAAAAAAUAUGAUGAAGUGGCACGAAAGUUGCUAAUACAUGAAAAUGAAUUAGAAAAGGCUGAGGAACGUGCAAAACGUUCAGAAUCAAAAUGUUUAGAAUUAGAUUUAGAAUUAAAGAACCUCCAUCAUCAAUUAAAGUCAUUUUUAGCUCGUAUUGAAGAUUCUCAAAACAAAGAACAAAUAUUCGAAGAUCAAGUUCGUCGAUUAUCACAGCAUUUAAAAGAUGCCGAAGGACGAUCAGAUUUUAUUCUUGAUCAAAAAAUUGAGCUACAAAAAUCAGUUGAUCGACUUGGAGGUAGAUUCGCUGAAACACGUGCAGAAUAUUCAAGUAAACAAGUACAGAAACUUCAACGUGAAGUUGAUACAUUAGAAGAAGAACUAUUGUCUGAACGUGGUAAAUGUAAAACAUUACAAAAUGAAAUGGAACGAUGUUUUUCUGACUUACAAUUAUUAUAA